ACACAUCACUCAAAAUUUAACAAACUUAACCAGCAACACAAACUCAAAAAAAAAAAAAAACACACACACACACACAACGAAAAACAAAAAGAGCAAAAGAAGAUGGUGAGGCCGCCUUCAAUCGACAGCAAUGGAAUGAAGAAGGGUGCUUGGAGCGAAGACGAAGACGAAAAAUUGAGAUCUUACAUACAAAGAUAUGGCCAUUGGAAUUGGAGAUUGCUCCCCAAAUAUGCCGGACUAAAGAGAUGUGGGAAGAGCUGCAGACUGAGAUGGGUAAAUUACUUGAAACCGGGGGUCAAAAGAGGCAACUUCAGCAAAGAAGAACGACAAAUCGUUAUCAAAUUACACGCUGAGCUCGGAAACAAGUGGUCAGCUAUUGCUGAAAAGCUGCCGGGAAGAACUGACAACGAGAUCAAGAACUUCUGGCACACACGCGUGGAAAGACGGCGCAAGCCAAAUCACCUGACAAAGCCUAUAAAUACAAUUUCUUUCAUAGAAAAAACAGAUUCCUCGGAAGCUACUUCUCUCUCUACAUCUCAAGAUCUCUCAGUACCAUUCGAUGAUGCUUCUUUCUCUACAAAUUCAUCACAAGAAGAGCUUGAACUGAUGCUGUCGGAAAUGCUUAAGGAGGAUGUUGCUCAAAACGAGGGUUUGGCGGCGCACGUGUUUAAUGAGGAGGUGUUGGAGUUCGACUAUCCUGAGCUGCGGUACAGCGAGCUAUCGUGCUCCUACGGAAGCUUCUGGAAUGAGUCUUCGAAUGCUUCGAAUUCGGAGAGUGAGACAAGUAGUUAUAGUUAUAAUGCUAAUCCGCCUGUGGAGGAAGAGGGAUUGUUGCUUACUUAUGAUCCUCUCCUUCAGUAUUUUGACUACGAGACGAGUCUCUUUUGGUAAUAGACGAGGUUUACUCAGAGUGCAUUUUCUACCAACCUAUUAGGGACUUGUUGUAGCUAGUUGUGAAUAUAAUUAAUGUUUGCACACCAUUGUAUGUUGGAUAAUCAUGUAGCUAAUGAAAAAUAUGUAUGCUGGUGUUCGGUUUGAUGAAUUAUAUAAGAUUUUGAGUCUUUAUUA